UCGGGCGCCAUUCUGCGACACCUAAGUAAGCUGUUUUAUCCAAUGACAUUGCAGCUUGUAUGUUUUUGGGCGGGACCAUUUAGGCUGAAUUGUCAUACUGGUGCCCCCAAAGUCUGAGAUGGAGGGCAGCGUAUCAAAUGUGGAAAUCUGUAAUUUAGCUUACACAGGACAGUUUGAAGAACUUAAAAAGUGCGUCUUGUCUGACAGCUCACUGGUGACGAAAACAGACCAGGACAGCAGGACUGCUCUGCACUGGGCUUGUUCAGCUGGACAUGGGGAUAUCGUGCAGUUUCUGUUGAAUCUCGGAGUUGAAGUGAAUCUUCAAGAUGAUGCAUGUUGGACCCCUCUUCAUAUAGCAGCAUCUGCUGGGAGAGAAGAAAUUGUUAGAUCCUUAAUAUCCAAAGGAGCUCAGUUGAACUCUGUGAACCAGAAUGGUUGUACGCCACUACACUACGCAGCAUCUAAAGAUCGAUAUGAGAUAGCCCAGAUUCUUCUGGAAAACGGUGCUGAUCCUAAUGCGACAGAUAAACUGCAAUCCACGCCUCUACACAGAGCAUCUGCCAAGGGCAACUACAGACUCAUUCAGCUUCUUUUGAAAGAGAGCGCUUCUACCAACAUUCAGGACUCAGAAGGAAACACGCCCCUUCAUCUUGCAUGUGAUGAGGAGCGAGCAGAGGCUGCAAAACUCCUUGUGGAACAUGGUGCCAGCAUCUACAUUGAGAACAAGGAAAAGAUGACGCCUCUACAAGUGGCUAAAGGUGGCUUGGGAUCUAUGUUGAGACGGAUCGUAGAGGGCUGAUGGACCUCAAGUGGAAACCGAGCAAUGCAGCUUUUAAUUAAGCUGCUGUUCAAGUAUGAUGAAUACUUGUUUGGAAGGGUGUUUGAAAGAAACGCAGUAGAGAAACUGGUUUUUGGUGGAAGCUUUUAAGGAUGUCUGCUGAAGAGAACAGCGUUGUGGUUCGCAUUCUCUUUAUGGCAGUUAAAAAGCUCAUGACUUGAUACGUUGGUCAUUUUUCAUGCUUUUUAUCAGGUACAUGAGUUUUAGGCUGCUUACACAUAACAUUCUGAUUAUUGUUUGUCUAGUUCAGCCAUGAAUGAAUGAUGUCUGUUAAACCUAAAGCUGAUUUUUUUUUUCAUUAGUAUCCAUGUGCAAAGGUCACAACCCCAUAGUGUAUUCUUCCAUCUUGAUGCUUGUUUUUUUUUUUUUUUUUUUUAUAAGGGAAAUAAACUGUAAUUGAAUACAUGUGAUUAUGUUGCAGUCUUAUCUGAGUGUUGUAUUAAAAGGACACAAAAAAUUAUUACAUAGACGUUCAUCUUGAUCAUUCAAAAGUUUGGGGUCAGCAAGUUUUUCAAAAAGAUGCUUUUAUUAAAAUAACAGUUAAGACAUUUAUGACAUUAAACAUAUUUUUAUUUCAUAGAAAACCUAUUUUAAAUUGCGCUAAUCUUUCACAAUAUUACCAUUUCAAAAUAUUACUAAAUAUGGAAAUGUGUAGGUUGCUGGAUUGCUUAACUGAAACUCAAACUGAUACUACAAAACUGAAAUGUGGGUGAAUGGUGUGACAAAAAAUGUGGUCGCAUGUUACCAACCUAUAUGUAUUCAUUUCUCAUUGAUAUGUCAAAUAAAUAAAUUAGCUGAUUUUAUUUAAAUGAA